AUGGCCGACACAACCUAUGAACUUCAAUUGCUGGUCGCUGAGCAUGUCGAAACCGUUCAACUUCCCGCCAGACGAUUUUUAGCCCAAUCGCCCGAUGAGAGAGAUCCAGGCCAGAUACCAGCAUAUCUACAUGCUCUCGACGACCUUGGCCACUGGCUUAAUAGCAACGUCAAAGGCAAACUCCCCUUGGACGUCAGCCGUAAUCAUAUUCAAGGAUCGAUAGCUCUACGAGAUGAGAUACACGCAUGCUAUCAAGCACUUCUCCGUCAACCGACUUCGUUUAUCAAUCGGGCUCCCAUGCAACCUUUAGAACGGGGUGGUUACGUCCUUGACGUAGACACAGAUGCCUUGGAGCAGUUAACUAAGGCUGGGUUUACCGACACUGAGAUCGGUCAACAUCUAGGCUGCUCACGAUCGACUGUUAUACGGCGAAGACGGAUGAUCCAGCCCAUAACAAAACGGCAGGCUAAACACCUUACAUCAUCACACGCAACGAUGCCUACAUCCCCUCCCCAACCUCCAGCUCUGCCGUCAUGCCCGGCCGACCGUCUCUUCCCGGACUGGCUGGAAGAGCAGACGCAAGAAGUACGGGACGCGUACUACCUUGCGUCGCAGGCCGUUCGUAACAAGGCAGUUAUGAAGGCAGCUAAGGAGCGGCUGGAGGCCGCGAAUCUGGAGAAGAAGAAGAGGGACAACGAUAUGUUGGCGGUCGGCGAACAACUAUCGGAGUGGGUGAAUGAUGCAGGCUUCCGGGGCCUGAUGAAGACCACGUUGGCGGCAUGGGAGAGAAAGCAUCCCAACCUCGCCAACCUCCCCAAGACCCCCGACAACAAGAACGCGGAGCUGCCGGACACUUCGGCAGGCAAAGGGAAGGAGAGGGCGAGCGAUGACCCUCUCGCCGAGCUCAACGAGAGGCUGAAGGCUCUCGAGACGGAGAAGGCGAACCUCUCCAAACGAGUCGGCAAGAAGGUCGAGAAGCGGGCUCGGGACGAGUCGGAUGAAGAGGAGGACGACAUCGAGGUCGUCUCACAUACCAGGAAGUCGCCGAGGAAGGGGAAGGCGACGUCGGCGAGGGGAAGGGGCGGGGCAUUCGUGUUGCCCGCAACAAUACAGCCUGGGUUUGCACCGACGGCUUGGAAGAAGGCGGAACCUGUACAGCCUAAUCAAAAGAGAAUAUGUAUGCUGAUCAGCCCGUAUUUGACUGUUACAGAAAGCGUGGGCGCUUUUGAACGACCCCAAGGCUGUCAAGGUCUUGGGAGACCAUCGGUGCCAGCUCACGUCUGCGUGUUCAAGGAGGGCGAACCUGGGUGUUGUGUUCGGUGCAUCUGGCGUAAUCGGGACGACGAGUGCAACUUUGCGGUCGAAGUUCCCAAGGUCAAAGAGCGUAAGCCUGAUAUCGCUACGCUCGAGACCACCGCCGAGGCUUCGACCUCGACCACCGCCCCGCCUGCCCCUCCCGCCAACCCCGCCCCUCCUGCUCCCCCCGCCCCCAACCCAUACCUCCCUGCGACCUGGCAGCAGUAUGCCUGGCCGACAUACUUCGGUGGCCAACCACCUGCCGGCGCUCCCUUCCCGUUCGGUAUAGACGUUGGUGCCGGCUCAGGCAAUACCAUUUCCGAUAUAGGCUGUUGUACGGUUGGUGUACCAAGUUCCGCCUGA